AUGGUCGAGUUGAGAGAAAAGAAAGCAAAGAAAGUGACUUGCCAUUUGCAGAGAGCAACUUUCCCUACAGUUCUUAUAGUUCUUCUUUUCCUUCUUCUGGGAUCUUCCAUCGCUCUCAAGGAGGGACAAUCAUGCUUAUUGGCAAUCUCAAACUGCGAUUCUGGUUUGCACUGCGAGACGUGUGUGGCAAAUGGGAAUGUUUGUCCCAGAUGUACACGCAUCCAACCCUUCAGUCCCACUUCAAAGGUGAAAGGUCUGCCCUUUAAUCGAUACUCGUGGCUGACAACGCACAAUGCGUUUGCAAUGUUGGGGCAGAAAUCGCAGACGGGCUCUCCGGUUCUUGCUCCGGUGAACCAGCAGGAUUCAAUCUCUUCUCAGCUUAAUAACGGAGUAAGAGGCUUAAUGCUAGACAUGUAUGACUUCCAAGAUGAUAUUUGGCUAUGUCACUCAUUUGGUGGCAACUGCUAUAACUACACAGCUUUUCAACCUGCCAUUAAUGUUCUAAAAGAGAUUGGAGCAUUCUUGGAAGCUAACCCUUCAGAGAUCGUGACAAUUAUGAUUGAAGACUAUGUAACGUCGCCAAAAGGCCUAACAAAGGUGUUUGAUGCUGCCGGACUGAGAAAAUACUGGUUUCCAGUAUCCAGAAUGCCCAAAAAUGGAGAAGAUUGGCCAACAGUGGAUGAUAUGAUUCAGAAAAACCAACGUUUGGUAGUCUUCACUUCAAAAGCGUCCAAGGAAGCUUCUGAAGGGAUUGCCUACGAAUGGCGCUACCUUGUAGAAAACCAGUAUGGGAGUAAAGGCAUGAAGGCUGGCUCAUGUCCUGAGCGAGGAGAGUCACAACCCUUGAACACAAAAUCAAGAUCCUUAGUGCUAGUGAACUUCUUUCGAGACGUCCCAGAAUUAAUUCAUUCUUGCAAGGACAAUUCUGCUCCUUUGCUUAGCAUGAUCAACACCUGCUACGAAGCCUCGGGCAAACGGUGGCCUAAUUUCAUCGCUGUUGACUUCUAUAAGAGAAGUGAUGGAGGAGGAGCUCCAGAAGCAGUGGAUGUAGCUAACGGUCAUCUAGUAUGUGGAUGCGGAAACAUUUCCUCCUGCAAGGAAAACACAACAUUCGGAGUAUGCGAUUCUCCUAAGAAUGAUGUAACCCCCGGUGGAUCGGUACAUGCUUCGAGCUUUGGGCAUCGAGAUAUGAGACCAAUUCAACUGUGGUGGGUUUUCGCCGCUCUUUCGAUGGCCUUGUUUGUGUCAUUGUGAUCAGAAACAGACAUUAGCAGAAGAGAAAAAGAGAAGUUUGAUGGCCAGGAACCAUUUUUUGAUGUAAUCCUCAAAAGAGGUUGUGAAUAUGAUUUGAAUUCUUCAUAAACACUGUGGAUAGCAUAGGAUAGGAAGGGUUUAGAUUGCUUAGCAUGCGAUUGUUUUCUGGACUUAAUUACCUUAGUAGUUUAAAAUUAUAGGACUUGCAUCAACAGUAGAAAAAAAACAGAUUCAGCAGUUUAAUUAUUUGAAUUAUAUAGGCUUGCAAGCUGCAAAU